CAAAUCCAUCUGAUUUUGCCGCACGACUGCAUAUAUGACCCCCAGCAUUGCUCAUCCCAACUAGCUCUGCGCACUCAGCGGUAUUACAACUCGUUAGAAAUGACAAACUCGACCAAGACUGGCGACGAGGCCAGUGGGGCCAAGCGCGCGAGCGAUUUUAAUGACUCCCUACAGAACGUGCCAGCCUUCGAAGCAAUGAUGUCUACCCUUCGGCUAGGGCAAAGAGCACAGAGCCAACUUCGAAAGUGCGAGUAUGACGAGUAUCUCAAGCUCUCUCAGCAAGCGGGACAGCUCCUACACGCCUCGACCGAGCAGAAGCAGCCCACCCCGGGCUGGUGUCCUGAGGCAGAGGAGAUCCAGCAGCAGGUGAACGAAAAGUUCAAGGAUUAUCCUGAGGUGGCGCAGAAUUUCAGGGCGUUUGUGCAGAAUGGGCAUGUGGCCAUCACGCAGGCCAGGGCCACGGGGAAGAAAUAA